UGAUAAUACAUAGCAGUCUUGAUGCACGCAUCACGCAUCACGCACACAUGGCUGCCUGGCUGGCUGCUCACCAGCUCAAGAAGCUCUUGCUCAACUUGUGAUAGUUGACCCCGAAGUAUGAGAAGAAUCUGGGCCAGUCUCUCUCUGGGUUCGUGACUAACAUUGUCCUCAGUUUGAUCCGCAUCUCCGCCUCCCUGACCUCUUGCGGUGUCAUCCUGUCCUUCUGAAUGGUUGCAGCCGACGCGUUGUACCUACAUGUGCACAGGACAAGAGACAGACAGACAGACAGAUAGACAGACAGGGAAUGUGAGCCCCGCUUCCGCGUGUGUAUGAGCCAUGCCUUGCCUGUGCCAUGAGACGAGGAAGUCUCCGCCUUGUAGGUAGUUCACAAAGAGCCCACAGCCAAGCAUGCCGGGCACCAGAGAAUACUUUGAACCUUCGAUGUUGGCCUUGAGAACGAUGCGGUCGAUGCCUCCCCUGGUCACCCGAGGGAUGAAGUCGCACAGGUCGAUGUUCUUGACAUCUUCACAGGUGACAUCCUUGCCGCCAUUCAGCCUCUUGUCUGGCUCGAUGCUGCUCCCGACACUCAUAUCCUUAAUGACAAAGAGAGAGAGGCAUCCAUGUGUCGAUAGAUAUCGGCCCACCUCGUAGCUGCCUUGCCAGAAGCCCUUCUCACGAAACGGCUCCGAGCAGAACCGAAUGGUUCGUCGAGCGUCAAAAGCAGUAACAGCAGCAGGACAGAAGACCUCUAUUUGGCCGCAGGCGCCCUCCAGCUGCUUGGCCACUUUCUGCAGAGGGCCACACAGCUCCCGGUUCCCUUCGAAGGCGUAGACGGUAACCUUCUUGUCGAAGCCCUUUUUGCCGACCAGACUUCGAUAGAGACUCUGUAGUAUGCGGGGCGAGUGUCUGGUCUUUCGUGAGAGCCUCUUCCUGAUGUUGGCGGGGAUCGGCGCCUCCUUUCCGCACUGAAAACACAAACGAGAAGCAUCAAUGAGAGAGGGCAGCGCAUAGAGAAGGAGUGCUGACCAUGUAUGGAAAGCUGUCUCCUAUGUUCGCUCCUAAGUCGAAGAACAGCACGCGGGGCGGGCCGCCCCUGACCGCUGAGCUCUUCUGCACUGAAGAUCUCGGCGUGGCGGUCCGUUCCUCCUCCGUGUGGUGGCCCUGGUGUUGUGGGCGGCAGUCAAAAAGGCUUCUCCAGUUGCUGCGAACGGUGAAUAGGGCAACAAGCGACGCGACCAGCACGCCCCCGAACGCGAGAGCACUUGCGAAGCCCGGCAU